CUCAUACACGUGCUCACUGGCAUCCACGGGGAUUCCAGGAAAUAUUCGCCAAAAAAUUACAGAGAAAGAGAGAGAAGAGAGAGGAAGAGAGAGAAGAGAGAGGAGAGAGAUCCCUGCCAUCCUUUACCAAGAGGGAGAGAUUCCGAGCUCAUUCCCAGCUUACACAAGAGAGAAAGAGAGGAAAAAGAGAACCCCUUGAAGAGAGAGAGGAGGUUCCCAGAAGAUGGAAGAAACGUUCAGAAAUGCAUCCAGCUCUCGACAAAACGAUCCAAAACCAUCAAGCCUAGACUUUUGCGCUUUCCCAUCUGACGUCCAGGCAUGUAUUCUCUCAAUUCUCUCACCUGCCGAUAUCUUCUCUUUCUCCUGUGCCUGUAAACGCUUCUCUACUCUGUGCUCUGAUGAAGCCAUAACGUGGCGAGCGAUUUGCCAUAGGAGAUGGGGAUCAAAAACCCAAAUUGAGAAAUGGGGCGAUGGCCAGAUUAGCUAUAAACUUCUCUACAAAACCCUAGAGAAAUGGGAGAACCUUAUUGGGUUUUGGAGGAUAAUUGGCCAAGAAAACGGCCCUCUGGUUAUGUUCGAUUGGGGUGCGUUUUGUCUCACUGGUUCUAGGGUUUCAUCUCUCGGGUGUUGCUCUUACGAGGUUCGAAAGGUCCCCUUUCUCUGGUUGGGUCUUUCUCAUGAUGCCUCACCUUUGAAUUUUUUCGAUCCAGAGUAUGGCCAUGUACAAGAUGCCUGCAAGCCUGAACAGGAAUUAGGGUUUUCUGAAGAUGGGAGUUUUAAGAGAGAAAAAGCUCAGUCCUUUCUGAAUUCUAAUAAGAACUUGGACCCAGAAGCCAUCGAAGAGGUUCUUGGGUUAUCCAUGAUAAAUGUUAACUUUGUGGGUAACAAUCACAUUGUGAUUGAGAGGAGAGAGAAUUAUACUCCCUUUUCGUCUGCCAUGUCUAUUAGGCACAGUUGGUCUCCAAGCGAAGAAAAGCGAGUUUGUCGAAGCAUGAGUUCUUAUGAUAUUAGUGGGAAUAAUUUGCGUGAUGAAGAUACUGCUGAUCUAUCGGGGAGCUUGCCUGAUAACUUGCAGUCUGAGAUUUAUCAGUAUUUUGCUAACAGGACUAGCCCUGUUGGGGACCGGGCUUCGAGAAGGCAGAGGAGGAGGGAGAAGGAAAGGUCAUUUGGAAGGGGACAAAGGAAAUCGGAAGCUGAGCAUUUCGUAAAGAUAGUUGAUUGUUAUCCUACCCGUGAUCGUCCUCUACAAGGAUUAUGGAAGGGAACAUCUGAUUGUGCAGGACUGAACUUUUAUCUUGUGACAUAUGAUGACAUUGGAGGCAUAGCUUGUAGAAGGGUAGGGAGCACUGUGCAACCUUACUGUUCCCCAGUUUUCUGGACCUCAAAUUCUACAUUUCUGGAGUCACCUCUCUCUCAGGAAGAAGAGGGUAUAUAUAUUGAACGUGUUCAUGGCCAGACCUGUGCCCACCAAUCUCAUGGGCAUUCACCUUCCUUUGCUGAGAAUGAGGUAGUCUCUCGCAUCCUUUAUAUCAAUUCAAGUUACGCGCUGGUCAUGCCUGAUCUCAUUGAUCGUGUUGCCCAUCCUCGAGAUUUUGAAGGAAGAGUUUGGUUGUAUGCUAAUGGAACAAUGGGAUUUGGUUUUUUGCGAGAUAAUUACAUCACACAAUUGAAGCAUCUUGCUUUUGAUGGUCUCCUUCUGGAUAUGGUGGAAGAAGGAAGCUAACCCAGGUCAUUCUCCUCGAGAAAUGGAAUCUCUGUACAUAAUAAUAUUAGGUUCGACUUGUGCAUUAUAGCUGCUUCAUUUUUAUGUUUUCUUAUUUAGCACUAGCAGAAGUAAUACGGCAUUUCAACUCAAGAGUUGAAGCACAUUGCUUCGCCAUGUACGGUCAUGGUCUCCUGGCUAUUAUCCAUCUCAAUCACUGGUCGUAUGUGCAAUGUAAGUUAUUCAUGUUAGGUGGUUGAUUUUUAGUGCAAUGCUUUGGGCUUAUCUAUAUGUUGUGCUAGCUUUAUCUUUAUGAUCGCAUCGUUAUUUUCUUUUGGGAUGAAAACAUUUUGGACCUACUAUGGGUCUUUUUUCCCUUGCUGAUAAAUUCCCUUUUAUGAUAGCUCUUUAUUGGUUGCCCUUCUCUUCUCUUGGUACAUCUGAUUUAGACCAAAACCAUUACUCUUUAUCAUUUUGUAGGCAUCCUAAUGGAUAUUUUCUUCAUAGGCAUCAUGCUACUUACUCGUGUGAAUAUGUUUAAUUUGUUCUCUUCCAGGGUGGUGGUGUUUGUAUUUUUGGUGAUAAGUCUAUCUUCUUCAAUGAGAUUUUGGCAAGAAAUUGAAAGUACGUGUCAUUUAAUUAUAUAAUAUAUUGGGGUGUCAUCUGUAUUCCCUCUAACUAUUCACAGUAAUUUAUUGACAUAUACCUUGAAAAUAUAUUCCUAUCUAAUGGAUCUAUUAAAGCAGAGUGGUUGCUAAAUUUUUUGUUAAGUGAAAAGUGACAUACCAUGGAAGCUAAUUUAUGUAAUGAAAUGCUCAGAACAUUUAAGUACAUUUGUAGGGAUUUGAGGCUUGAGGAUGGAUCUAUUUAAAUUAGAACUUGUUUUCUUAUAUUUUUAAUCCUCUUAUGAAAUCAAAAAGUGAAAAAAAGGAAACAGAAAGGGGUGCUUUAUCAUCUUUAUGUAAGAAAUUUUGUUGAUUCUGGCAUGGAAUGCGUACACCGAGUUGUUGCCCCAGUUGCAUAGAAGCUGAGACAAGUACACGGCUGCGUCAUCCGAGUGGGAAGUUCCCCCCGAGAGUGAAACUUCUUUACCUUCUGCAUCUCUUGAGUACCUUGGCUUCAUGUUGGCAAUAUUAAGAUUAUGGUGAGCUGAUAUUACUGCUUCAACCAUCUCAUUUAUGACAUCUAUAUCGUUUUACUGAACACGCUUGCAAUGCUGCCCACCUUAUUUUAUUAGUUGGUCGUCUUCCUUUAGUGGUCUCAUGAGUUGCCUUUGAAUAAUCUAUCACACAUCAACUGGACUCGCUAUCAGCCUCAAAGAAAUUGCAUCUCCCAGCUUUUCACAAAGACCUUCUACCCCUAAUUUAGUGGAUAUUCUCAGGGGCGAGACUGUCAAUGUUGUUUCGGAACACCCCCUAAAAGGGUGCUGCUUGGGUACUCUUAAUCUGCAAAUUUCAUCUCAUUUCACUGUCAACACACAAUCCAAGUCUUUUGCUUUUCUCUCAUGGUGCUCUUCAAUGACUAGAGUGAAACCCUGCUGAAAUCCUUUUUUUUUUUUCCUUGUGAAAUACUGCAAUAAGUAGCUGAGGAUACACCUCUGCAGUGGAUUUCCAGUCCAUUAAAGGGAGACAACUAAAUAUGACCAAUAAAGAUGGGAAUGAGCCAGAGGAACCCAAAGAUUAACAAACUGGGGCAAUGUGUUUUUGGGCCCCCUCAACCCUUCUGCAAGUUAUAAGUCUAAUGUCAUAUGUUGACACAAGAUAAAAGUUUCAACCCUGAAGGACAAAACAAUGGUAUGAACUCAGAAAUCCAAGCUGGAGAGAGAUUGUACUGAUAAACUGAUAGAGCAAAAUGAAGGCUUCUUUGACAUCAACAUUUCAAGAACUUGUGACUCUUGGAUCUCAAAGAGCAGAAGGAGAUUUGUUGUAAUUUAUAAACGAGGGUAUUCGCCUUUGACCACUA